AACUUUUUUUUUUUCACAAGCAGGAAUCGGGUUACAACUAAACGAGCUUUGGCAACCGAGCUCAUUCCCGGCCGAGGGAAGAAAACACUCUUUGAAUAAUUCAAACAUCUGUGCUUGGCACAAGUUUAUACAGAGAGCAAGACAAGGAGCACCCGAGACGACGUCAAAGCGAGAGGCAACAAGAAAAAGACGGGGAAACAUGCUGUGAAACACCGUUCCCCGCCUCGCCGGGAGGGAUGAAGACCAGAUCUUGAUAGAGACCUUAGAUAAGUUUGUCUUGUGUCCCUCUGACCGCUCCUGUGUGGAGAGAGCAAGAGUCAACCAUGGACUCUUUCAGCACAAAAAGCUUGGCCCUCCAGGCGCAAAAGAAACUAAUGAGCAAGAUGGCUACCAAGAGCAUGGCUAACCUUUUCAUCGACGACACCAGCAGCGAAGUGUUGGACGAGCUCUACCGGGUCACUAAGGAGUACACUCGCAACCGUAAAGAGUCCCAGAAGAUCAUCAAGAACCUGAUCAAGAUGGUUGUGAAGUUGGGCGUGCUUUAUAGGAACAAUCAGUUCAAUGGUGAGGAGUUGAUCCUUGUGGAGAACUUCAGGAAGAAAGUCCACACUCUGGCCAUGACGGCGGUCAGUUUCCACCAGAUCGACUUCACCUUUGACCGCCGCGUCAUGAGCGCCUUGUUGAACGACUGCCGCGAACUGCUGCACCAGGCCAUCAAACGUCACCUGACGGCCAAAAGCCACUCGCGCGUCAACCACAUCUUCAAUCACUUUGCCGACUGCGACUUCCUGGCCGCUCUCUACGGGCCCUCCGAGGUUUAUCGAGCUCACCUGCAGAGGAUCUGCAGCGGCGUCAACAAGAUGCUCGACGAGGGAAACCUUUGACCUCUGCUUGAGGCCCCUCCCAUCUUAAAAGGAUAUUUUGAGUUCAAGGUGACAAUCGUGAACUUUUCUCCACGUAUUUGGUGUUUUUAUGUGUGCCUCGAAAAUUAUCAUAACACUGAAGUGCUCUUUUUUUUUUUAACUCUGUCGUUAUAUUUUUUCUCUUUUGCUUUUUUCUUGUCUCAAAGCAAACAAAUCCCAGUGAAUGUAAAACAAAACCGUAUAGAAACCUUCCAACUCGUUCCAAGGGCACAAUGCUUGAGAAGUGAAUCCCUAAACAGGCAGUUUUAUCUUAGUAAACAAUGACUUGCAGUGGAAACAAAUGUCUUCACCAUUUCCAAAUAGACAGCAAAGCUUUUUUUUUAUAUAUAUAUUUUUAAACUACUAUUGCACUCAAGCCUGAAUAAGCGCUGUACUGUACUUUUUUUCCUGCAUCAAUGCAACUAUGUGAACCAGAGCAGAUUAAUCCUGCUUAGCUUGCAUUUCAAAUAUCUAAACAUCUUGACGUCAUAGUGAGGCUGGGCUUUUUGUUCCAAAGUCAUCAAUAAAGCUGCUGCUUUUUUAAUAUUUCUUUUUUUGGGAUAUAAAACAGUCUGGUUCCUCGCCAGCACAACAAUGAAGUAUUUGGGUCAUAAGGGACCUGGAAUUUAGGGAAUCUGUGUUCAUGUUGUCUUCUGCGCUGACUCACAUGUUUUUAAGUGAGUCAACACUAAGAGACUCCGUGACGACACUAUCUUCACUUCUGCUACCUGCGUUGGCUAAUGUGAAAUCAUAAUAGUAACAAAAAACAAAAGUCUUACAAAUCAAUUUUUAUUGAGUCUAAAUAAAGGUGAAUACUACUUACUUUUUCCAAAACAAUAUUCUCUUAAUGGUCGUAGCUAAACACAAAUCCUCCUGACACUGUUUUGCCAACCAUGCUAAAUUUGCGUGUUUGUUGAAUGCGCUCGAGGCAUACUGUUAAAAAUGGCACUACGUAUAUGUGACUAAAAAAACAAAAAUCAUAAAUGAGUGACGAAUUGCUCUCUGGCUGAAAACACAUAUUUCAAGACUUGCUAGCGGACUGUUUUGCUAACCAAGCUAAAAGUGCAUUUCGUUUGGUUGGUUGCUAUAGAAACAUACGAGCAGUUUUAUGUGGGGUGUUUGAUCUGAAGCGCACAGACGUAAUCAUGAAUUGUGGCGACAAGCACUUAGCUUAAAAGCAAACCUAGAAAUUGUUUGCUAGCUUAGCCAAAUAGCUCACGAUAACAGCAACGUGAUCCAAUUAUGACAUAUUUUUAAUCCCCAAUCUACAUUUGGCAAUACAGGUGGAAAAAGUGAAGAAGUAGUGGUCUGACGCAUGUCGUCAUGGCAUAAUAGCGUCAGCGCCGCAUGCUAUCUGGUGCGAAGCUUGGAAGCAUGCAGCCUAAUGAAGAUAAUGGACCCGCCACGAUUCCAAAGAAAUGAGCCGAGAGGAAAGCUGCGUGAUGAAAAGGCUGGUUGGAAAAAAAAAGAAAGAAUUGAGGCUAUAAGGCUGCAUGUAAAGAUUAGCCCCUCAACGCUGCGCCUGAUUGUACUGCUUGACUGUAAUUAUAGCUCAGCACUCUGGGCUUGUUGAAAUGGCCUUAGCACCAGCCACUCCAUUUCCACAAACACGACUCAAACUCUGUGUUGUUUGCGCAGCGCGUCACUUAAUGCAGUCAAAGGACAUUUGUUGUCUUGCACAAAGCUAUUCCGUAACGGCCCGUCUUUGUUUUUCCAUCAACCCAGUCUGUCCAUGAGAUUGCUCUCCUCGCCUCGGCCUAAUUUCGUAUUCCACGUGUGAGCUUGUGCGUGCGUACCUGUGACAGAAUUGGAAAUUGAGCCGUGUAAUGAGCGCCCUAGCUUUUCCCAGAUAACUUCCUUCUAACUCAGCCGCUCUGCCAAAGAGGAGGAGAAGUCGAAGAGCUGCUGUUAUUUGGCACGUCGUCUCUUCCCGGGAAAGCGUUCACAAAACAGUAUGCACUUGAUUAUCAUAACACUCAAUGAUGAAGACGUGCGGGACUUGAAUUCUCAGCUCCUUUUCUUUUUUUUUUAUUGAGGCCAUCUCAGGGUUCUCUGUUUAUCAAACCAGGAUGGAAAUGACGUAUUUUACUGAAGCUCUUCUAGAUGCAUCUUUACUGCUAUUGUGAAAUGUUUUUAAUUGUAUAUUGUUUUUGUGUGUUCUUGUAUUGUAUCCAAACACGGCAAAUAUAUUACUUUUCUUAA